AUGCGCGAGCGCGACAUCAUAAUCCCAGAGGGACUGCACUUCAAGUCGUCGCGUAUCAUGCCCAACGGAGGAGUCAUCUACGAGAUGAACUCCGCCGAAUCUGCACGGUGGCUCAGGCGUAUCACCACCGCAGAAAUGUUCGCUGCCACCAUGGGCGGCGAAAACGUCACCGUACGAGAACGAUCGUACCCGGUCUUCGUCGAAUUCGUACCUAUCCAUUGUGACCUUACUGACCCCUACGCGCUCAUCGAGUAUGCGAAUGCCAGUAACAUAGAGAGUGGAGCACUCACCAGUGCCAAAUGGAUCAAGCCCGAAGCACGUCGAACCGAACGCCAAACAGUUGCUCAUGCGAUCUUCAAGUUCAACUGUCCGCGAGCUGCCAACCAUGCCAUC